GAUUGUACGGUUUGUUCGGGUAAUCUAUGCCCAGCCCUACUUCACCCUUCACACCCACAAUGAUCCAUCCGCUGCCCAGCUCUGUCCGAACGCGACGAGUUUACGAAUCAACUGUUUCUGCCUCAGAUCCCUAAGAUCUCUCUCUGCCUUUCCCAAUAUAUAUUAUAUGUAUAUUAUCACUACUAACUAAGAAAUUCAAUCGAAAGGAUCGAACGAUGGAUUCUUCAGUGGAGCUGUUCUUGAUCCGUGCAAAUUAGCCACAACUAGGGUUUUCAGUGCAGAGAUUUUGUUGAAUUGCAGAGCAUAAGUGGUUGAUUGUCAAAAGACGGAGAGAUUCCAAGUAGACUUGCAGUGAAUCCAGUUGCUGAAAAGCGAAUUGGAUUGGAAUUUCAGUGAAAAGUUUUUGGAAAGCCAGGUGGUACCUCAGAAUAUUGGAGAUGCUUGACAAAUAGCAAUCGAAAUCAUCAGGGGCAACGAAGAGGUCGGUGUCGGACUUCAUGUGAAAAUAAUCUAGGAGAAGGAAAUUGUGGAAGAUCACAACAACCACCAAAUUUCGUCAUUUUUGUUUGUAGGAAAAUGGCGACUCCAGUUGAGCCUCCGAAUGGAAUUAACUCUCCAGGGAAGCAUUACUAUUCCAUGUGGCAAACUUUGUUUGAGAUUGAUACCAAGUAUGUGCCAAUCAAGCCUAUUGGUCGAGGGGCCUAUGGUAUUGUGUGCUCUUCCAUUAACAGGGAAACCAAUGAGAAGGUUGCGAUUAAGAAGAUACAUAAUGCCUUUGAGAACUGUGUAGAUGCGCUGAGAACAUUGCGUGAACUGAAGCUCCUCCGGCAUCUUAGACAUGAAAAUGUGAUUGCUUUGAAAGAUGUCAUGAUGCCUAUCCAUAGGAGAACUUUCAAGGAUGUCUACCUGGUUUAUGAACUUAUGGAUACAGAUUUGCAUCAGAUUAUUAAGUCCUCUCAAGCUCUUACCAAUGACCAUUGCCAAUAUUUCUUAUUCCAGUUGCUUCGAGGACUGAAGUAUCUCCAUUCAGCAAACAUUCUUCAUCGUGACUUGAAGCCGGGGAACCUUCUCAUCAAUGCAAACUGUGACCUAAAAAUAUGUGAUUUUGGGCUUGCACGCACCAGCAGUGGCAGGGGCCAGUUCAUGACCGAGUAUGUGGUUACUCGCUGGUACAGGGCACCAGAGCUCCUCCUCUGUUGUGACAACUAUGGGACCUCAAUUGAUGUGUGGUCUGUUGGAUGCAUCUUUGCUGAACUUCUGGGACGGAAGCCCAUCUUUCCUGGAACAGAGUGUCUCAACCAACUCAAGCUGAUUAUUAACAUCCUUGGUAGCCAGAGGGAGGAUGAUCUUGAAUUCAUUGAUAACCCGAAAGCAAGGAAGUUUAUUAAAUCACUACCUUAUUCUCCUGGGACACCUUUUUCUCGGCUUUAUCCAAAUGCCUAUCCUUUGGCAAUUGAUCUCCUACAGAAGAUGCUCGUCUUUGACCCAUCAAAGAGGAUUAGUGUUACCGAAGCACUCCAACACCCUUACAUGUCUUCACUAUAUGAUUCGAACUGUGACCCUCCAGCACAGGUCCCGAUUGAUCUGGACAUAGAUGAGGACUUGGGGGAAGAAAUGAUAAGGGAGAUGAUGUGGAAGGAAAUGCUUCACUACCAUCCUGAAGCUGCCACAGCCAAUGUGGAUGUGAGCUAGUAGUGUGACCUUCACUUUCUCAGUUUAAUAGUUUAUUAGAUCUUUAUGCAUUUUUGUAGUCCCUUUUCCGAUUUUACGUUAUUUUCCUCGCUUUUUAAUAAUCUUGAUGAAUUAUGCAUUAGCAGUUCGUGCCGUUUAAUGUUUAUGCAUAAUAUUACUAAGAACUUGUUUAUGACCUCGAGCUCUUUGUAUAUAUGUGUGUUGUUGUAUUUCUGGAACUCUUCUGUUGUACAUUAAGUUAUAUGAUAUGAUGAUAUACUAUUAUGAUCAUUUGUACGAA